AUGUCAUCGGCAACAAUCAAUCAAACACUCAAGGGCAAAGUGGCCCUUGUAACGGGAUCCGGACGAGGCAUCGGAGCGGGAAUCGCUCGUGAGCUAGGAGCAAGAGGAGCCUCGGUUGUCGUCAAUUACAGGGGUAGUGCAGCUGCCGCUGAGACGUUGGUUCAAGAUAUCACCGCUGCGGGCAGCAAAGCCGUUGCCGUUCAGGCUGACAUAUCCAAUGUGGACGAGAUCAAGACACUGUUUGAGAAGGCCAAAGAACAAUUCCAAAAGAUUGAAAUUGUCGUCUCCAACUCGGGUAUCGAGCAUUUCGGUGCCCUCCCCGAUGUCAAGCCCGAGGAUUUCGAUAAAGUCUUCAACGUCAACACCCGUGGCCAGUUUUUCGUCGGUCAGCAGGCAUAUCAGCACCUUUCCGAUGGUGGCCGCUUGAUUCUCAUGUCGUCCAUCUCGGCUCAUAAUGCGAUUCGCGAGCAUGCCGUCUAUGCGGGGAGCAAGUGCGCCGUUGAGGCUUUUGCUAGAUGCUUUUCGCACGAGUUUGGCGCCCGACGCAUCACGGUGAACUCGAUUGCCCCAGGAAGUGUGAAGACAGACAUGGCGGCCGAUGUCGCUUACAAGUAUCUUCCUAUGGCCGAUGCUUCGUGGUCAUGGGAGCAGAUCGAGGCCGUUGUGGCUAAGAGAACACCUAUGGGUCGCAUAGCAGACCCUGUGGAUAUCGCUCGUGUCGUGGCCUUCCUGGCAAGCGACGAUGCCGCCUGGGUGAGCGGACAAAACAUAACCAUUUCCGGUGGUGCGUCAGGCUAG